UGUGAAUUAAUUUAUCCUCUAUAUUUUUAUGUCUUUUCAGACACAUAUGGUAGCGGCCUUUGAACAAAGUUUAGUCAGCAUGUCACAGAAGCUUGAAAAAUUAACACUAUCUAAGGAUAAUAAGGACACGGAAAUUCAAGAAAUGCGCCAAACGAUCGAACUUCUCCGUCAACAAUCGGCAGGAAUCGCUGCAACGCAACUUCUGGCCCUCAGCUCAACACAAGGAGCGACGUCAGGUGGAAAUACCACUAAGAACGUUCCUCCACCCCCGUCCAACACCAGCGGGCCAGCGCACGAAGAAAUGCGCCGUCAUCACAGUUCGGAUUCGAUGCACUCGAUCACCGUCAUGGGCCAUGAGCCACUUUCGGGCCAUGGACAAAGUCAGGGAGGAGGAGGCCAAUACCACAGUCAGAAAAAGAAGAGUGGCCUGCGCCAUUCGCUUCAGCGGGCCUUCUCCAGGAAUAACAAAAAUUCCGGAGGCCAUAAAAACGCUCCUCGCCCCAUCAGCCAAAGUUCCAAUCCGGAUUUCGCCGAGCGCGAAAUGAUGUUACUAAUCGGAGGCAGUGGCGGCCAAUAUUCUAACGGAACCAGCAGGGAAAAUGUGUCCGUUAGUCCAUCAGCGUACGUGGGACCCCCCUCACUGUCGCCGACCAGCAAAUGCAGUUCUACCAGCUCAAGCAGCCCGGAACAAAACGGAGACCAACACAUCACGUACGAUCGGGACGGCAACCCUGUGGUGGAGCAUCUGGUCAAACAGCUACGCGAAAAGGAUCUGGUGCUGACCGACAUCCGCCUGGAAGCUCUGACUACGGCCUCGCAGGUCGAAUCUCUCAAGGAUACGGUGAUGCGGAUGCGCCAGGAAAUGAUUUCCCUGAAGCAGAACAAUGACCGGCUCCAACAGAUGGUGGUGCGUCGAUCGAUGACCGGAAGCGAUAUCUCGCUGGGUGGUUCCUGCAGCAGUCCCACGGAAAGUGAACCUCGUCGAUACAGCGCAACGGCCGAAUAUCUCAGCAAUAGACCACCGAUGGAGCUGCCGUUGAAUCUGGACGAAGGAGAUGAAGAUUGUGAACCACCUCCACCGGCUCCGGAACCCCUGAGUCCAGCAUUCAUUGCCGACAUGUCACCGGGCCUCGAAAGAUCGCCACCGAUUCUGGACGAGAUAAUGGCACUUUCAGCCGAUACGGCACUAGAAUCAAACAUCGAGGGCAAGAAAAUUGCCAUUGCUGUCUACUUGGGGCAGAUGGAACUGUUUGGCCGUUAUCUGGAGGAGAUGAACGAAUCGGGAAAAGGCCGGGAAAAGCCAGGUCGAAUUAAACAAAACGAAUUUACGAUUGCUUUCACCUUUGUUUGUGGCAAAACGAGCUGGCCAAGUCUGGAUUACAUUGUAAGGAGAAGCUUCAACGACUUUCUUGAACGUGUUGAUCCGGCCGGCAAUUUGGGACUGACCACGGAGUCUAUCUCCAGCUAUCACUUGGGCGAGGCUACCCGUGCCCCCGAGGUCCACCUGCCGGAGCUGCUACCCUGUGGCUACACCGUCGGAAACGUGGACACCCUGUACAUUUGCCUGCGGGGAGUCAGCAAUGUGGCCAUCGACAAUUUGAUCAUCAAAAAUAUGGUGCUUCGAUACAAAUCGUCCGCCGUCGUCGAUCCGAGACGUAAUCGAACUUCACAAGGCUCUGCUGACAACAACUGAGGCGCGUCGUUGCGAAUUGCAGGCAGUUCGUAAAACCAAUGCAAACUAAAAUGUUCUCCUAUUAGCUGGAGCUUUCAAUAGUGCUUAGAAUUAAACGAUAGUUACGUCCGAGUAGUAAAUUAUUCCUUGUUUGUUUCACUCUCCUUUUCUACUUAAAUAGCCAGAUCAGUCAACGAAAUAGGUGAUAUUACUGUUGCGAUGUAUAACACUUACGAGACAUUGUAUUUUCCCGAGAAAAAAAAAUCAAAAAUAAAAAGUGCCUGAAUAAAAGUUUUAUUCCAAACAA